GUGCAAUGCCAGUGCGCACUGGGCAUCAAAAGCGCAGAUAGAGGCAAAACAAUGUCACAAAAAAGGACAUAUCCUUCAGGUGCAGAAAAAAGGAAGAAGAAGAAAGUGGAAGAGGAGAAAAAAUGCCAUGAUAAAGGAGCAUUGUUAAAAUACUUUGGAGGCACAGAAUCAGCCCAGAGCCAGUCCACAUCCUCAGGCUCAACUGUGAGUGAUGAAUCAGUGCUCUCUCACACACCUCCAUCCUCUGUGCCCACUGUCCCCUCCAUGUCUGAAACCACAGCUGAUUUAUCUACAACUUCCACCACAACGUCCCCUUCACACCAUGGACCAUCAUCAGCUCCGCCAGUUGACCCAGCUGAGUGGCCUUCUUUCCUCUCAGAUUCAGACAGGACUGAGCAGCAAACAUCCCGACUGGACAGAAAGCUCCCACCGGCGUCUCAGGUGCAGUUUCAGGUGUUCAUUGUCGCCAACAGGAGGGCAGGAAGUGAGAGGUCGCUGCCUCCCCCAGUGGGUGAUGCAUCACAAGCAAGCACUGAUGGACCGAAGCGAGGGGGGGGCUUGACUCCCUGAGUCCAAGACCAGGACUAUAAAUACAACCAUCCAGUCAAGGCGAGCAGAAGACACAAUCCCAGGGCGCAGCAGCAAGAACCAUACAGGACUCGGAGCGACAUGUCACAGCCCGGCGAAGUCAAGAAGAAAAAGCGUCCCCCGAUGAAGGAGGAGGACCUGAAGGGGGCCCGCAGUAAACUGGGACUGAAGGGCGAGGUCAAGAGUAAGACCUAUGAGGUCAUGGCGGAGUGCGAGCGGAUGGGCAAAGUGGCCCCAUCAGUUUUUAGCGGCGUACGGACCGGGACUGAGACCUCCCUGGACAAUCCACCUGCCAAAGCUCCUGGAGGGAGUGUGUUCAACAAGUAGUCCCUCGCUGCACCUUUCAUCAUUGCUAUGAGAAACAACUGUUAUUUUUUAUCAAAGUGCAGCUUUUUUUCACCUGGACAGAUGCAGCGUGGGUGGAGGUCACAAUGUUUGCUUUAAGUGGACACACAACCUUUGUUGAUUCAAGACCUUAAAACAAUUAUUGCACAGUGACAACUUUGGUGAGUCCAACAUUGGCACAUAUUUCUUACUCUUUUUUUUCACAAAAUAAUGUCACAAAGACUUAAAACCUCAUGAUCCACCCCUUUGCUUACAGUGUAAAUGGAUGCCUCUUUUUUUAACGAUAUUAUGAUUCACUUACAGAACCCAACACAAUUGUGUUGCUUUCAAGAACAGCAAAAACCAAAGCCAAACAGGACAUAAAAGUCUUCAAUUUUUCUAAGGGCAUAAAAACAUUAUGGAUUAAUUUAUUUUGUACUUUUUUUCUCAAAUAACAAUCAAUAAAAACACCAAAAUUGAA